GGUCAGCAGACGGCAGACACGAGAAUCGCUUCGGCGGGACCAUGGCCGAGCCCCCUCGGGACGCGAACCCAGCACCCAGGUCCUCGGUGACUGCCUCGAUGAGCCUACGGAGAACCUCGCAGCCCCGCCCCUUGAGAGUGGACUCAGCGAGCCUGGGCAGGUACCGGAGCAGCGUGGCCGCCGCCUCCUCUUCCAGGGAGUCCUCCUUCCUGGGCACGCUGACGCUGUCGGCCUCGGGCUCCGGGCGCCGGCGAGGAGCACUACGCGAGCAGCUGGGACUGCAGGAGGGGCGCGCGGAGGAUCCGUACCCGGGAGGACUGGGCGCCGCGGGCGGCAGCGGGUUGUGCCUGGAGCCGCGCGAGCACGCGUGGUUACUAGCGGCUGCCGAGGGCCGCUAUGAAGAGCUGCAAGAGGUGCUGGAAACCGAUCCGGGGCUGCUGCUCUGGGCUGACCCGAUCUCGGGCUACACCUUGCUGCACUGGCUGGCGAAGCACGGGCGCCACGAGGAGCUCAUCCUGGUGCAUGACUUUGCCCGGCGCCACGGACUGUCGCUGGACGUGAGCGCCCCGGGGAGCGGCGGCCUGACACCCCUCCAUUUGGCAGCCAUGCAAGGCCAUGACAUGGUCAUCAAGGUGCUGGUGGGCGCGCUGGGGGCCGACCCCUCGCGCCGCGACCACAGCGGUCACCGAGCCUGUCACUACCUGCGGCCCAGCGUGUCCCAGAAUCUGCGGGAGCUGGCGGGAGCCGAGGAGUGGGAGAUGGAGAAGCCUGCCAGCAAACGGAGCAACGCCAACAACAACAGCAGCGGCAUGUGGGCUCUGCGGCGGUCCUCAAGCGCCGUGGGCCAGUCGACCACGCACACCACCGGCAGACGCGCGACGAAGACGAACAGCAAGAAGGACUCCUCCACGGGCGGCAGGGUGGCACAUAUCCAGACUCUUCUCCGCCACAUGUUUCCCUUCUUCCAGGAUCGUUGACGGUGGUGGAGAAGCCCGAGCGCAGAGGGGACUUCGGACCUCCCAAGGGGCUGUGUUUGCACCGCAGCUGGGACCAGCACCCUGCCGAGCAUUUCAAGGGGAACUGUCUCAGGUACCUGUACCGGGUUUCUUGUAGCCACCAGGUGAAGCGGGAACCAAAGCACCCCUAGCAGACAGAGGGCCGGCACCAAGCUGUCCCCAGAGCUCUAGGACUAAGCAAUUGAGGACGGGAGCGCGUCCUGCUUGGCAGACAGCGAGUUACAGUUCAGCUGCCAGGAGCCGUUUGGGGGCCAGCGGAAGCGCUGAGCUUCUUAAGAAACAUUUGCCGCCAGAAUGAACCAAGAUUGAAGCUCCCAAGGAGGGAGAAAGCCACAGACUGCAGGCUGGAUUCGCCCCCGAAGCAGUCAGUUGGUGUGGGCACACUGAGCACCCCCACCCAGCACCCUGUUCCGAGCGGACCAGGUCUUACCG